UUGUCCCCGCGGAGGACCCGUUGGCCGCGGGGGCUUGUGGGAGAGGAAGAUGGCGGCGGCUGGCUGCUUUCGGGCUGCCCGUAGUCUCCUGCUGCUACCAAGGGCAGGCUCUGGCAUUCCUGCCUCAGUGUCUCCUGUACUGCAGCAGCAUCGUCAUGUACAUUAUACUGUGAUCCCCCAUGGAAGAAGCGGGCGUUCCUCCGUUAGCGGCAUUGUGGCAACUGUCUUUGGGGCCACAGGAUUUCUGGGACGAUAUGUUGUCAACCGCCUGGGGCGUAUUGGAUCCCAGAUAAUCAUACCCCAUCGCUGCGAUCAGUAUGAGCUCAUGUAUCUUCGACCUAUGGGUGACCUGGGGCAAAUUCUGUUCUUGGAAUGGGACUCUAGAGACAAAAACUCUACCCGAAGAGCCGUGGAACACAGCAAUGUGGUCAUUAAUCUUGUUGGACAAGAAUGGGAAACAAAAAACUUCAGUUUUGAAGAUGAAUUUGUAAAUAUUCCUAGAGAGAUUGCCCAAGUAACCAGGGAAUCUGGAGUAGAAAAACUCAUUCACAUCUCUCACCUGAAUGCUGACAUGAAAAGUCCUUCCAAAUACCUUAGGAAUAAAGCUGUUGGAGAGAGGGUAGUGAGGGAGGAAUUUCCAGACGCUAUCAUUAUGAAGCCCGCUGAGAUUUUUGGAAGAGAGGACCGUUUUUUCAAUUAUUAUGCAAAUAUGCGUUCCUUUGGUGGUGUGCCACUUAUUGCUCUGGGCAAGAAAACAGAGAAGCAACCUGUAUAUGUUGUUGAUGUAGCCAAGGCAAUUAUUAGUGCAAUUAAGGAUCCUGAUGCUAAAGGAAAAACAUAUGCCUUGACUGGACCUCAUCGAUACCUUCUUUAUGACUUGGUAGACUAUCUGUAUGCGACUGCCCAUAGAUACUAUCUCCCAUACCCACUCCCACGUCCUCUCUACCAUUUAUUUGCAAGAUUCUUUGAGAUUAGUCCAUUUGAACCAUGGACAACGAGAGACAAAGUGGAUCGGAGCUUUCAUAGCAAAGACAUGAAGUUCCCUGAUCUUCCUGGGUUGGAGGACCUGGGCAUUCAACCAACUCCUGUAGAACUAAAAGCAAUUGAAGUUCUGCGCCGUCACCGCAAAUAUCGCUGGCUGGACGCUGAGCUGGAUGACACAAAACCAUCAAAGACUAUUCCCAUCUAACAGUGGCAAAGGUGGCUUCCAGUGCUUUUCAGACUGCCUUUUUGCUGACCUACUUUGUUUGGAGAAUUCUGUACAUACUGAAUAAAAUCCUUACGUUGAUCAUGAAA